CCCCCCCCCUCCCCUCCGUCCUUGCUUUGCCAUCCUACACCGCCGGGCCUCCGGAUGUCCGCGCGGAUCCUCUCCCUCUCCUCGCUCCUUCCCUCCCUCCGCCGCACUCGCCUCUCCCUCUCGGGUUCCCGGCUCGCCACUUUCGCGACCUCGCCCGCCACUCGGCCCCCCGCUCGGCCCUGGCCCUGCACAGGCAGCCCCCGCCACUUCUCCUCCUCUCCCCCUGCCCACGGCCGCCACAGCCGCCGUACCGUCGCUGCCACCGCCGCCGCCGCCGCCGCAAGGUCCACAUCUCGCCCCGACGGCCCCAAGCCGGCUUCCCCGCGUAGUCCCCCCAAAAACACCAUGGACAGCGAUGACGAGUUCAUUGCCUCCCUGUCGCCGCCGAAGCUUGUGCCGCAGGUGACCCCGCCGGCCCCAGGCCCUGGUGGCCCCGGCACCUCGACCUCCGCCCAGACGUCCGCCCCGCCCCCUCGGCGAGGGCGCGGCGGUGGUGGUGAUCGAUCUUCCGGCGCGCCGGCCUCCAACACCGGCGGCGGUGGUGGCGGCCGCGGCAAGUCGCAGCGAAACCGCUCGGGCGGCAACACUGCCAACUCCCUCGCCCGGAGCCUCGGCUGCGCCGUCCCCGAGCCGGUGGUCCCCACCAUCAAGGGCGAAGUCUCGGCCCCGGGGAAGUUCGCGUUCGUGUACCUCCAGCGCCGGCCGAUGUAUGGCCCCACACCGCCGGCCAUGGCAUACGACACACUCCAGAGCAAGACCAUGCUCUCGGCCAUCGACCUGGCCGCCGCCAACAAGUACCUCUCCGAGGUGUCCUUCCUCAGCCCGCGCGGUGUGGCCAACACCAUGAGCUUCCAGUGGCCGGAAUUCGUCUCCCUGGGCGAUGCCAUCAAGUACAACAUUUCUCAGGAGAACUUCCCCCUGGAGAUCACCCCCCAUGAGAAGGGCGGCUUCCAUGCGCAUCUGAUUCUGCAGCACCCCGGUAAGAAGCCCUUCCUCCGGUACCGGGUCCUGGGCGGCCCCUUUGCCACCCAGGGCCAGGCGGUGCGCGCGGCGGCCCUCGCCUCGAACCAUCUCCGCGACCUGUGUGUCGCGCACCCGGCCGAUACGCCGGAUCUGGCCCACCUGCGGGCGUCCUCCAUCCUGGACCCCACGCUGUCUCUCCUCCGGAAUUGGCAUCACAACCCGAUUGCCGCGCUGGCCACCUUCCUGGCACGCCAGGGCCAUGACUUGGCCUCCUGUGCGAAUGUCGCCCGAUCUCGGGACACCUUCAAUGCCACCAUCCGCUGGCCAUUCACUCCGCCGCAGACGCGUCAGCUGUCCACCUCGGCCGCCGGGCCCACCGAUGUGGCCGCCCUGCAGCAGGCCUGCUUCCAAAUGAUGGAGACCUUGGAGAACACGACCGGCGUUUCCUUUGCCGGCCUCCCCGUGGUCGAGGGGUACGAGCUGGAUCCGGCCUCCUUCCCGGCGGCCAUUUACCCGGCCCCGGCGCAGCCUACCCCGCCGUACACGCUGUCCCACUGGCUGGACCAGACGGCCAUGAAGCUCUUCGGCUCUCGGGUGCAUGUGGCCCAGCUGGAUCUGGCGCCGGAGCAGAUGCGCUUCAAGAAGACCAACUUCAGCCGGGUGGUCAAGUUGACCUGGCCGAAUGGCCGCUUCUCGGCCAUCGGCCUGUAUCCCUCCUCGUCGACGUACAUCGUGCCGAUGGCCGCCUAUGAGGCCCUGCUGCGCUCCAUGAACCUGUCGCUGGAGGCCCUGACCAACCCCAGGAAGGAGUUGCCCUCCUCGGUCCUUCCCCAGAAGAAGCCCACCGCCGAGCAUGUCCACGCCCUUGAGAAUGCGGCCCUCAUCACGCCGGACAACCUGCGCGUCUUGCAGAUCCCCGCCCCCUACUUCGGGGACCUGGUCACCCUUUUCCCCAACACCCGGCUCAUGACCACCAUCAUGGAGGUGUCGACCCAAAUCGAGGCGCUGCUGAGCCGGUGCGACAACAAGGACUUCACCUUCGAACGGUCGAAGUUCUCGUCGCGCCUGCCGCCCGAGCACCCGGCUCUCCCGCGCACCGAAUGGUCCCUCAAGCACUCGCCCGAUCGAAAGAUCAUCUGCAACAUGCAGGUGGACUUCCCGGAGUACUACUCCUUCCCGCUGAUCUCCCGCAAGCCGGACCGGUCGGAGACCAUCGAGGCCACCUUCCAGACGUCGGAUGAGCUUUUCUGCGUGCUGCGUGCCGCCGAGCAGCUCCUCUUCCGCAUCAACACCCUCUUCGACAGCAGCAACGCCUCGCCCUAUGUGCAGAAGUCCUACCAUCUGGAUCUGCCAGUGCGGUCGCACAUUGACGGGCUGCUGCGGGAGUUUGUCCCGCUCCUGGACACUGACCAGAAGCCCACGGAUGAUAUCCUCGACAAUGACACCCACUCCUUCCACACGUACUUGAUGAGGUUGAACAACCGCAGUGCCGAGAGCGUGCGCCAGGACUCGGCCGCCCUGCUGGAGAUGCAGAAGACGCGCAACAUCUCCCCCAUGGUUCUCCCCCUGCUGGAGCGCCGCCAGGCCAUCAUCGACGCGGUCCGGAACAAUGCGGUGACCAUCAUCUCCACCGACACCGGGUCCGGCAAGAGUACACAGGUCCCCCAGUACAUCCUGGAUGACAUGAUUCGCCAGGGCGAGGGCAGUGAGGCGGUCAUCCUCGUGUCGCAGCCGAAGCGCAUGGCCACCCUGGCCCUGGCCAACCGCAUCGCCAACGAACGCCAGGAUCCUCAGGUGGGCAUGUCCGUCGGGUAUUCCAUGCGUGGCGACACGGUCAUGCCAAAGCUUUUCGGCUCCAUCAUCAUGAUGACCACCGGCUCGCUGAUCAAGUUCCUCACCUCCAAGUCCUUCCUCGGGUCGCCGGCACGCGCCGGCGGCGCGGGCGAGAAGUCCCCCAUCACGCAUCUGAUCAUUGAUGAGGUGCAUGAGCGCCGGUCCGACAUUGAUUUUAUCCUGUACCUGGCUCGGCUGGCGGUCAACCGCUUCCCCAAUCUGCGUGUGGUGCUCAUGUCGGCCACCGUCGAAGCGGACCACUUUGCUGGCUACUAUCCGAAAUCCACCGUGCUCAACUUCUCCACCCGCUUCCAUGAGGUGGAGUCCCUGUUCGAGGAGGAGAUCCACCAUGAGAUGGCCCUGGCCGGGUUUAACCCCAAUCCCGUCCAUUUCCCUGGCCAUCUGGCCCGCGAUCUGACCGACCAAACCCGCGGGAGGGGUGUCGCCCUUCUGUCCUUCCUCCUGGGUAGCCGCGAUCCGCACUUCUCCAAGGGCGAUAUCUUGGUUUUCUUGCCCGGUAUCUCGGAUAUCCUGGCCAUGGAGCGCCUCCUGGAAGCGGACAUCUUCAACGUCGGCGUCGAGAGCAAGGCUGUCAUCAUCCCCCUCUAUUCGUCCAUCCCGAUCAAGCUGAUGGAGGAGAGCAUCAACCGGCCGAUUCCCAACGGCUACCGGCGCAUUUUCCUCUCGACCAACAUCGCCGAGACAUCGCUCACCUUCCCCGCUGUGGUCCAUGUUGUUGAUAGCUUCCUCGAGAAGAUCGGUGUCGACGGGCUGAAUGGCAACUCCUCCGGCCUGGUGGCGAAGCGCAUUUCCAAGGCCAGCUCCCGGCAGCGCCUCGGCCGUGCUGGCCGUGUGGCCAAUGGCCUGUACUAUGCCUACUCCAUCAAGGGCAGCGAGUACGACCAGCCCGGCUUCCUGGCGGACUACUCCCUGCCGGACAUCCUGUUCAAGGAUGUGCGCGACUUGGUGCUCUUCUUCAAGACCCUCCCCUCGCGGGAUGCUCUGCUGGCCGAGACCAAGAGCAUGCAGGCCAACCAGAUGGCCAGUGGCACCGGGGCCAAUGGCGCGGUGUCCCCCAUCCGCCAGUACCUCGACCUGCCGGCCAACCAGCACCUGUCCAAGUCCCAGCGCGAGGUGUAUGAGUUCUUCGAUUCGCUCCCCUCGACGCCGCCGCUGGAGAACAUCCACUCGGCCCUUCGGUCGUUGCAGGUGAUGGGAGCACUUAGCUCUCACUUUGAGUUGACAGCCUUCGGAAACUACAUUGUCCAAUCGCCCGUGUCGCCGGGUGCCUCGCGCGUGUCGCUCCUCGCCUCCCUGUUCGACAUCCCCGAGCCGCUGAUCAUCUCCUCGGUCCUGCUGGAUGUGCAAAGCCCCCACUCCAACCAAUCGGAAGACCUGUCCACCCGCCUGCUGCCGGCCACGGCCACCGAGCCAGCUCAGCGCGUCGAGUACAUCCCCCUGUCGCCGGAGGAAAUGCUCAUCCAGAGUGACAUCCUGCAAACGGCCCGCCGGCUGGUGGAGGCCGUGGCCCUCGGUGUUCGGGAGGACUCGGUUGACGAGAUGCUCCGUCUGGCCCGCGACUUCAACAUCGAAGAGCGCAAUAUCCGGGACUUCCGCCGGACGCACACCACCCUGCUGGCCUUCCUCCUUAAGAACCACUUCAUUGGACAGCAUGUUUAUCCGCUUCUGCCGAACACCCAACGUCUGACGGUCUAUGGCGGGCAGAAGAUGCGCUACUUGGACACCUUGCUGGCCAAUUCCACCCCCUCGCCGGAGACCAUGCUUCCUGUGUCGCAGAGUGACACGGCCCUCCACACGGCCGCCCAGGCAGCGGCCGGCGGCGGGGGCAAGAAAAAGCGCGGCAAGGGCGGCUCGGCGGCCGCGCGUCUGCAGCAGCAGCAGCACCUGCUCAGUGCCUCGGCCUCGGAGAUGUCCUUCCACACGGACCUCCCCCAGCUGAGCUCCUCCAAGAACCUGGACCGGCUGCCGCUCAUGCGGUCGCUGUUGUACUCCUUCGAGCCACGGAACCUCCUGCUGCCGGAGGUCAGCAAGAAGAAGACUUCGGUCACCUACUCGUCGAACAUCAUCCACAAAUCCACGGUCGGCCGGGUGACUUGCGAGCCGCCACCCCCGGGCAAGCGUCUGCCCUUGUAUUCCUUCGCGUCCUGCACCUCCAGCAUCAAUGACCCGGUCAGCACUGGGAUCCUUGCCACUCCGCGCCUGCAUGAGAUGCUGAACAACGCCCCUUCGAUCACCUUCCUGAACCAGGUGCCUCCGAUUGCCCUUUUCCUCUUCGGCGACAUUACGGCCUUCGCCAUCGGCCCCCCGGGGAAUGCCCCGCACCAGCGGCAGAUCCCCAUUCGGGAGACCCUCUCGCCGGACAUGUUCCAGACCAUCGACAAUCCGGAGUACGCCCGCUCCCUGGCGGCUUCCUUCUCGCUGCCGCUGGCCAAGGCGGUCGUCUCCGAGGCGGCGGCCGUGCGCCAUGCCAUCCUGGAGUUCAAUGACUGGAUUCGUGUGGAAAUGCCCACCGAGGAUGCCGCCCGGCUGGUGGUCUUGCGUCGACUCAUCCAACAGUAUGUCCAUGUGCUGUCCUCGCUCAAGCACCACGAGAAGAAGAUCGUCAUCGAUUCCUUCCAGCAGAUCUCCCACCUGGUGCACGAGCUGUCGCACUCCAUCUCCAUGAACCGCUGAGGGGGCAUGUACGUGUGGUAUGCAAGUGCCUGGGGCCCUGGAAAGGAGCACCUUCGGGUUUGCGUUCUCCUCCUCCCUCCUCCUCCCUCCUCCUCCCUCCUUCUCC